AUGGAGGCUCCAGGUGGCUCACGGCAACUCGAAUACGGAGAAUCCCGGGGCGCCGCCGUACGAGGAUUCCUUGAGCAACGGGGCCGGCAGCGGGGGAAGCACGACCGAGCCUCCUUUAAAGACCGCGGGAGCGACGGGAUCCAGGCCGGCUACCUCCCCGAUGAAUGGCUUCGGAUCCAGGAUCUCCUUCUCACUGGCGCCGCGUAUACGCCGCAAAACCUCCGUACGCGAGUCGACCUCCUCUUCGGCCACUACUACCUCUUACGGGGGGAGAACCGCCGCAAGAUGGAGCUUGCAGACCUGUCCCUACUCGACUAUCCGCCUUCGGAAGGGCCGACCCCCUGUGGUUGCCUGGACUGGUAUCGGAUCAAGGUCCUCGUCGGGCGGGACCGCGAGCAGGAGCUCUCGUACCCGACGCAGCUACAAGAGACCUGGCGUAUCUUCGGCGCUGCCGGCCUUAUCGCGUCGAAGAAGACGCACCUCCCGCGCAGGGUGGGCGCCCAGGACGCGGAGACCCAUGGCACGUCGCUCGCCCAGAUCUCGCAGGCCGGCCGCUGGAACCAGAGCGUGCUCUGCCAGGCAUAUCUUACGCACCUACCGCGGCAGUUCAUGCGUAUCGUCGCCGGCUUCUCGGCCUCCCCGGGGGACUACUUCCUCGCGCGUGCGGCUCACGAACCCCCGUACGUCUUACAAAAGCAGCUGUGGCCGUGGAUCGAGGAGUGGGAACCCCGCUUUGAGGCGCGGGCGCGCCGGCAAUGCUGGGCAGAAGGCGGUCUCGACGACGACGACUUAGCCGCCGACGGCUUCCUUAAGCUUAUGCGGCGCCUGCGUAUAGUACUUCUGCAGGACCUGGCCGUCCUACAGCUCCGCUACCCGUCGCUACCGUUCUUCGCCUACGCCCCUUUUAGCGGGCCCGAGUGGGACGAGUUCGCCGUCGCCGUGCGGUCCACCGCGGUAGGGGCUAUGGAGCCGGUAAGCCUGCUCGUACGACGCGCGCUGCCGGAACUAAGCGGCGUCAUAGAGAGCACGCGGGAGGCCCUGUUACAGAAUAGUCAGCGGCUCGCCAUCCGGCUUGAGGCCCGGCUGGACGGGAUUCAGGGCGGCCUCGAUGCCCUCCUCCAAGGCAAGGUCCCUAUCACCUUUACCGGUUACUUCGGAGCCGGGUCAGCAGAGGCGCUGGCGCCGGCCCCGGCCCCGGCGCCGUCAACAGUACCUACCUUGAAUCUCAAUACAGCUCCGGCCCCGGCCCCCGACCCAGAGCCUCUGGUACCAGGCAUGCCUAUCGUCACAGCCCUGGCAAGGGUCUUUACGGUGGGGGACGUCUGGAAGGAGUGGGAGGAAGGGUUUGCAGGUCAGAAGGCCGUACGGGAGCUGGAAGAGACGUGGGGAAGCCGCUGGCGCCCGGGGAACGGGGUCAGAGUGCAGUUCUGUCGCCGGAAGGUGAUCUGGGACGAGCUGUUGGCCCGUAUGGCGUCCGGCAAAUGCAAGGAGGCGGCCGUUGCAGAGCUAGAGCUGUUACGCGCCGGCCGAAGCUUGAACCGACUCGUCGACGAACUCAAACAGCGCCGACGGCGGGGCCAGGAUCGGGGCCAGGGCCAGGGCCAGAUACGGGUCCAACUCGAGGUCAGGGCCGUCGGGGGCGGAGGACCCGGCUGGGAAAGCGGACCGCCCCUCGUCGACUUCCUGUGGCCGAGCCUAGCCCCCCAUUACCCAUUCGCGGCGCUGCAACGCAAAUAUCUCGACGGGCAGUAG